AUGGACAUAGAAUUGCGAAACUUGCGGCCGAAUACAGAUCGUAUUGCCGUGCAACGCCAGGUAUCGGAUGCCCAGACUCCUUCGGAAUCGCUCUCGGUUCGAUAUUCCUGUUCCGUUAGACCCUCUUCAAAUUUUUGGGUAGAAUUUAGUUUAAUUGUUGCAAUCAAUUUCAUUUGGUUUGCUUUUUUGCUAAAUCACAACGUCCGCUCCAGUUGCAGCUGUUUCAUCCCGUCCGGAACUGAGUCAACCGAUGGUCUAGCCUGCGACGCGCUCGGCUGUUGCUACGUCAAUGGCGCAGCCACCAGCCAGGGACUUGGAUUAAAGUCAAAAAUAUCAGGUACGCCAGGUGGUGUUGCUGCAAUCGGUUUGCCGUCGGACAUUCCCCUAACCAGAAUAUUCAGCGGUUCCGAUUCGAAGGAGGCAGCCACAGAAGCACAGACUGCUUUGGUUCAGCAAUACGCUCCGGCAGGACGAUGCUCGUGGAAGAUCACGCAGUUCCGGUCCUGUGCACAAGAACAGGCCGAUUUGACCCUGUGCGAAGGUUUCAACGAGUCGCUCAGGCAUUAGUAGCAGAGUCCUUGCACCUACAGCUUGUCGAGUGAGCAAUUCCGACGAAACCACACCGUUCGCACCAAGUUGGAUCACAAUAAUAAGUGCGACGUCGAGAAGAAGACUUCCCGAGAGCUACAAGCAAUGCUACAAGAUUAAAUAGCAGGGUAUUUUUAACGUGACCAUGGUAUAACGUAGCGGAUCUAGACAGAUUUAUCCCGCAGAAUAAGAUAGCAAAAUUACCCAAAAACUAACAGCUGCUCUCGUUAGAUUAAAUCCCAGGAAGUAUAAUUUUCAUUGCAUUAUUUAGUCAACCGAAAUUGCA